AUGCUCAUUGACGAGCGGACCGCGAUUAUCCUGUGCCGAACGGUCUGUCACAAGCCGACACGAGCGGUGAAUACGGUACGAAGCCUUAUACAGCUGCUCGAUGCCGGUGGCAAGCCAUAUACUGAUCCCGCGAGCAGCAAGUCCGCCUUCCGUGCGAGCAGAGCAGGCCAAACCACCACAAGCAAGAGCAACUCGGCAAGCCGCACAGCACGCUUUCCGGCCCACCACAAGCACAAGCGCCAUAGACGACGAGCGACGCCGAAAGCACCUCGUGCAGACCCACAAUGGCAGAGCCUUGAGCCUGGGAUGGAUCUAGCAGACUCCUCGAAUAGAAUCAAUGUGAUGGCAAUUCGACUGCACACUCCGUUUGACAAUAUUCAGCUCGGCUCGCCCUCGCAUAAGCAGCAGGUCCUACUCCUGUAUAAGAUGAGAGCUGCAAUCAGCAUCGUAUCCAGCAGACGUCCUGUCCAACCCGACUCUCGAAGCGCCGCACCCAUGACCGUCGAUGAUCCAGCCUCAUAUUCAAUCCGAGAACGCCUCUCAGUGGUCGCCAUUUCGCAAGCCGCAACGUCUGCUCGCCAGCGCUACCGGAGCAGCACUCGAGUGGGCCAGAGCCAAUUCACGCCGAGCAUAGCACCAGCUCUACAAGUUGGGAUUGGUUUCUUCACGGCCAUCACGUCGCGAGCAGCAUUAUCUGUUGCCAUCGACGCUCCAGAGAAGAAGGAGGUGAGGCUAUCGGCAUCCCACACAGCAAUGUCAAUCUCCAUAAAGCAAGAUAGCAGCGCCCUUCGUAACGUCUCCAAGUGUGCUCGGUGGGCCGCGCAGCCAGGAAGCGGUACCUACUGUGAGGUCGGAGCUGACCUUUCUCAGCAGAAGUAUGCUCUGCGCCAGCUCGAGACGUCGCCUGCCUUCGCCUUCGCUGCAGGCCUCACGCUUCGCCGUUGCGAUGCUUUGAUCAUCGCGGACCACGAACCAUGCCAUGCUCAUCGAGAGCGGAGCGCUAGGAAGCGAGAUCAUUUCGGAAUGUCACAGCCUGACAACACGACUCUGCUGCACUACAAGGACUAUGACUGUAGCCUCGACUACGUUCAUAUCUGCGAGCUGCUCUACUCCUGA